AUGGAGCGUCAAGAGAGGUUUGAGAAUAUACCAAAAUGGGAAGAAAUGGAUAAAGACAUCCUUGCCAGCAUUUUCAAGAAGCUAGACGUAGUGGACGUUAUCAUGGGAGCAUCACGAGUGUGCAUCGCUUGGUUCCUUGCCUCCAACAACAAAACUAUAUGGAACACCAUCAACCUCAACGAUGUUGAUUCGAUUGUCCCAACUGACCCAUAUAAUGAUUAUUUUAUCCCACCUAACCCAUGGCCAUAUCUGUGGGACUAUAAAAACGAUUAUAAUAAUAAUGGAGAAAAACAUCGAUACGAACUUAAGGAGAUCUUGAUUGAAAUCAACAAAUUCAGCCGUGCUGCCCCUUGGUCGGGUAGUAGUAUUACCACCUCGGUUCGAAACUUUGCCAUACAACAUAAAAUCAUGUUUAGACCUCACUUAGAAUUUGAGCCGGACUAUUCAUUGAUAUUGUUUCAUUGGGGAAGGUUGCCAAACAUCAGAAAACUUGCGUUACCAAUACAGACACCUUACAAUCUGUAUUUGUUUGCAUCAUCAUUUAGUAAAUGGAAGAAUCUCCAAACGUUGAUUAUUGGCAAUGCCAAAGGUGGCGAAUUGAAACAUAUGCUUGAAGCCAUCGCAGAAAACUGUAGAAAUAUUACCAACCUAAAAUUCACUUAUACAUUGGACCAAGAGUUAGCCAAUAUAAUUCUUGAUAAGCUUCCGAACUUGAAGAGUCUGAGCCUCCGCUGCACUUAUGUCUUUAUAGAAGCAGUUAAGUCUCUUAUCAUCGGCCUUCAUAACCUCAAGCGUCUUAACCUCUCACAUUGCUUAUCCAACAAUGGUAUGCUGACACAAUCAUUAGGAAUGUUACCUGAGGAUAAAUCUGUAAUACUUAGCAUUCAAAAGCUUGAAACUUUAAAGUUGUGUUGUUGUUCGGACUGCACAAUUUGUCAAGAUGUGUUACAUUGGAAACUUGGUCAGUAUUUUGGAUCUGAAUCUGGGUUUAGCCACUUUUGGGAUAACCAGUGGGAAACUGAUGAAUUUAAGGAGUUUGAGUUUUAG